AUGCAGGCGGCGCGGGGCGGCGCGGGGCGGCGGGGCCGCGGGCCGGAGCGCCAGAGCCAGCGGCCGCCGGGCGCCAGCGCCGCGGCCCCCUGCGCCGCCCCGGGCCCGCCGGCCGGAGCAGCCGCCAUGCGCCCCCGGCCGCCCCGCGCCGCGCUGCGCCUGUGGCUGGGCUGCGUCUGCCUCGCGCUGGUGCAGGCGGACAGCCCUUCGGCUCCAGUGAAUGUCACCGUCAGGCACCUCAAGGCCAACUCUGCAGUGGUGAGCUGGGACGUCCUGGAGGAUGAGGUGGUCAUCGGCUUUGCCAUCUCUCAGCAGAAGAAGGACGUGCGGAUGCUGCGCUUCAUCCAGGAGGUGAACACCACCACCCGCUCGUGCGCCCUGUGGGACCUGGAGGAGGACACGGAGUACAUUGUGCACGUGCAGGCCAUCUCCAUCCAGGGCCAGAGCCCAGCCAGCGAGCCCGUGCUCUUCAAGACGCCGCGCGAGGCCGAGAAGAUGGCCUCCAAGAACAAAGAUGAGGUGACCAUGAAGGAGAUGGGGAGGAACCAGCAGCUGCGCACGGGUGAGGUGCUGAUCAUCGUGGUGGUCCUGUUCAUGUGGGCCGGCGUCAUCGCCCUCUUCUGCCGCCAGUAUGACAUUAUCAAGGACAACGAGCCCAACAACAACAAGGAAAAAACCAAGAGUGCGUCGGAAACGAGCACCCCUGAGCACCAAGGCGGCGGUCUUCUCCGCAGCAAGAUAUGAAACCUUUCCCUGCUUUCUCUGAGCAACUCAGAAGAAAAACAGUAGAAAGUGAGAGGAUCUCGCGGUUCGGAGGAUGAUCAUCCCACCAACAUCUGGCCCUCUACAUGCCUCCUCCCGCCAUCUUCUUCGCCCCUGACUGACUGUCCUCUCCCUCGGCUUCUCUCUUUCUGGCGCAUCUUCCUGAAGCCUCUUACUAGCCCCAUCUCCAGAAGCACCUCAGUAUGUUGCCGACGGAGGCUGCAGUGAGAGGCACAUCUGCAGGACGGGAGAGAACGGCCAGCGGGGCGCUCCGCUGGGAGGGCCGAGUCCCAGGGGCCGUGGGCCCAGGACAAGGCGGAAGGCUGGGCUCGAGAAGGCGAAGAGGCGAGGCUCCCAGGCAGGCCUGCUCUUCCUUCCACACGGGGCGAGGGCCUGGCUUUUAGGCUGCAGCCCGGCCAUCCGCCCCUUUCUUGUGUCCUCUCCCUGUGUCCGGCCUGGCGAGUCUAUUCAAUUAGCCGCGGUCGCUUCUUUCAUUUUUUCCUCCCAGUUCUCAAGCCAGCCCUUGGUGACCAUCACUGAAGCAUGACCGCCUGUCUGCAGGAAGAAGGAUUUCAUUUCUCUUCUCUGCCGGCCCCCAGGCCCACAGGCACGGGGAGAGGGAGGGCUGCAGCGGGGGAGGCCAGGUUAGCUGCGCGGUUCUCCUUCCCCCUCCUGGGCUGGUGAAGGAGGCUCAACUACAGACCCAAAUUCUGCAAAAAAUAAACAAGCCACAAAACUACAAGGCCUGGGCCCAUUCUGGAAAAGGCAGAGCUGCUGAGACACAGCCUCUUCGGGCCCCGCGCCUCUCCUGGACGGGCUCCCUCUUUGAGGAAACGCACAAAUCUCCCGGGAGAGGACUGGCACCUGGACUGACUCUGGCUGUGUCUUUCAGACUCAGAACUAUCAGGGAAUCCGUGGGGCUGCCCGCUGGGCAGGGUCGUGGCUGCCAUCAAGCCUUUCUCUGGAUCCAGCCAUCAAGGACUAGUUUGUGGUGCGGUGUACAACUCUGUGUGUAAGCUGUCUGUUGUCUCUUUUGCAAAACAAAAUUGAAGGGCUCCACUUUAGAGGCAGAGGGAUUUCCCGAGUUACCUGCUUCCUGUGUCUUCUUUGGCCCUCAGGGGUCAUAAGACCACCACGUAGGAAAGGCCUGGAAGGGGACGGCCCCGUUUCUUUAGGCAAAGUCUCCUGGAGUUGUAACAGUGCUGGGUUGGACAACUGGAAGGGUCUGUCCACAUGGCCGUCCUGGGGGCUGCAAAAUCACCUACUCUGGAGUGGAAGCUGCUGGAAGGCAGGCCUGAGCCAUUUACCACGGACAGUCAGAGCAGCUCUAGCCUGUGGGGUUUCCAUAUCUUGCCAUCUCAUCCGGGGUUGUGAAAGCUACCCAGGGGCCUCAUGUCCUUCCCUAGAGCCUGAGUGGUAGGAGGUGACAGGUCUCUCUCUCUCCACUGCCUCUUUCUGGUUUAAAAAAAAAAAAAAUGGUGCUUGAAAAGGGAAGGCAGAUUCUUCCCUGGGACCGAAAAGCUUUGACUGCUGAAUGCCUGCAUGGGAAGAGGGACUCCGCGUCUUCCGUUGGCGGCUGAGAAGAGGACUGUGGAGGACUGUGCCUAGCACAACCUGGCACAUAGUAGGUGCUCAGUGAACUUCUGUUGAACUGAAUGCUAAGAGCAGCAACCUCCAAGCCAGAGAGCUGAAAGCCAUCGCCCAGUGACCGCCCCUUCCUCCCGGUCUACACGGCUCUCCUGGCGGGGGCAGCCACCGCUCUGCUUCGCCUGAGUGUGACGGCACAGGGAGAGAGGAGAGAGGGUGGAGGCAGAUGUCAGCAAUACUAAGGGCUUCCUCAUGGGAGGGCAUGAGGCUCCACUCAUUGUCUUGUGACUUUCAUCCCUGCUGAAUGGGGCUGCAAAGGCCAAGGCUCCUUAGGGGAGAGGUCCUUACCUCUGAUCCAGUUAGAGCAAUAACCACUUUUUAAAUGUAAAAUAAAAAGACAAAUGAA